GCACUGUGCUAGGUCCUGGGAUGUGAUCUCAGUCAGAUACGUCCUGGGCCCGCCACACCGCCCUGGCUACUGGCAUCUCAGGUACGUCUGCGUGCACUCAUCAAGAAGUCCAUCAAUAUUUGUUGAAUACCAGGACCUCUCUGCAUGGCUAGCGUGGGCUUCCUCACAGCAUGGCAGUCUCGUGACAAUGUGCCGAGAGCUACAGGGACACUUCCUCUUACAAUGUAAUUCUGCCAUAUUCGAGUGGUCAAAGCAAGUCAUAGGCCAGCAUGAUUCCAGGGAAGGAAAAAUAAGCUCCAUCUCCUGACAAGAAUAGUGGCCAAAUCUCAUUAUAAAACGUAUUUGAGGAUAGGAGACUUUGGAAACAGUCUAUCACACCUACAUUUAAAGUGGACUAUUCAAUGAGAGAUACACAGACAGAUGACCUUUGAGACUAUUAUUUGUCCAUGAAGGCAGCCAUUUAGCUCAGUGGGUAAAAUUAUCCCUUCUCCCCAGCUAACAUGUAAGCUGCUCAAGCAUUCUAAGUUAACACUUCGUCCUUCAUAUCCUACACAUCCCUAACCUCUGGGCUCAACCCCUUUAGUGUUCAGGGCAUGUAUUAAUUUCACUGAUGAUAGAGGUAAGCAGGUUCAGCUUUUGAGCUUUACCUAGUGGGGGGGACAAAAAUAUAAGUACAUUACAUAGAGUUUUGAAUCUCUUAUAAUUUGCAUAUUACUGAUCAAUUCUUAUACCUCAGAUGUACAUUUCUGAACAUAGACCCCAGCUAAGUGAACCUUUUUCUAGCCUCUAAGCUCAACAUGUAUGAAGCUUUGCCAGGCCCUGCUCUUGAAAAUGAAGAUGGCUCUCUUAAAGUGAAGGAGGAAGAUCCCACCUGGGAGCAGUUGUGCAACGCACAGGAGGGCAGUUCCCACACUCAGGAGCUUUGCCGCUUACGCUUUCGGCAGUUCUGCUACCAGGAGGCUCCUGGGCCCCGGGAAGCUCUGGCCCAACUCCGAGAAUUUUGCCAUCAAUGGCUAAGGCCAGAUAUGCACACCAAGGAGCAGAUCCUGGAGAUACUGGUGCUCGAGCAGUUCCUGACCAUCCUGCCCAAGGAGCUCCAGGCAUGUGUGCAGAUGUAUCCUCUGGAGAGCGGCGAGGAAGUAGUGACAGUGCUGGAGAAUACAGAGACAGGACAUAGAGACACAGGACAGCAGGCCUCUGUCUACAUUCAGGGACAGAACAUGCACCUAGAGGUGACAGAUUAUCAUGGAGUCUCUUUGGAAUGUCAGAACCUCCAGCUCCUGCCUGGUGAAAGUACCUUGAAGUGUGAACCUCCACAACUUCACCAAGAGAACCCCCAAGAAGUGAGUGGGCCUGUCCCCCAGGGACUAGACCAUCUCCAGGAAAAAAGCCCCAGAGACAAGGCAGCAGUGCCUGAGUUUAACCCAGCCAGGUCCCAGACAUCAGUGAAGACUGAGGAAGAAACAGCCCGGGCCCCUGCCCCACAGGAGUGGCCACAUCUGAGUCUGGCUCAGAGGAACCUCUGUGGGAACUCAGCUCAGGAGAAGGUUGCGAGCCUCAGUCUUAUGACUGAAGAAAUUGUAACUAAAGAUGGAUUGUUUGAUGCAAAGCAAGAAACUUCUGAAGAAAUGAAACAAGGUUGGGAGGCCUCAGGAAUACCCAACAGAGAUCAUGCACCCCAGAUCCCUUAUAUUCCUGUCCCUACUGAAAGGACAGUUGCACAUUUGAACACUCUGAAGGACCGUCACCCGGGUGACUUAUGGGCCCGGACGCACAUUUCAUCCUUGGAAUAUGCUGCAGGAGAUAUUACCCGAAAAGGGAGAAAAAAAGACAAAGCUCGAGUGAGUGAACUACUCCAAGGCCUCGCAUUUUCUGGUGACUCAGAUGUGGAGGAAGAUAAUGAGCCUGAGACCCAGCCUGCUCAAAAGAAGCUAAAGGUGUCAAGUGUCCCAGAAAAGAAUUGGACCAAAAGAGACAUUAAACCCAACUUUCCAAGCUGGUCAGUCCUGGAUUCUGGACUUUUGAAUCUCAAGAAUGAAAAGUUGAAUCCAGUAGAGCUCUUUGAAUUAUUUUUUGAUGAUGAAACGUUCAACUUAAUUGUCAGUGAAACCAAUAAUUAUGCUUCUCAGAAAAAUGUCAGCUUGGAAGUCACAGUUCAGGAAAUGAGGUGUGUGUUUGGUGUUCUGCUUUUGAGUGGAUUUGUGAGGCGUCCCAGAAGGGGAAUGUAUUGGGAAAUCCCUGAUGCUGAUCAGAACUUGGUUAGAGAUGCUAUUAGAAGGGACAGAUUUGAAUUGAUUUUCUCAUACCUGCACUUUGCAGAUAAUGGCCACCUAGAUCAAAAAGAUAAGUUUACAAAACUGAGGCCUCUCAUAAAACAAAUGAAUAAAAAUUUCCUCUUGUAUGCUCCCCUAGAAGAAUACUAUUGCUUUGAUAAGUCAAUGUGUGAAUGCUUUGACAGUGACCAAUUCCUGAAUGGAAAGUCUAUUAGAAUUGGCUAUAAAAUUUGGUGUGGUACAACCACACAGGGUUAUCUGGUUUGGUUUGAACCCUAUCAAGAAGAAUCAAGUAUGAAGGCAUAUGAAGAUCUUGGCCUUGGGUUAGGUGGAAAUCUAGUGAUGAACUUUGCUGAUGUUCUUUUAGAGAGAGGUCAAUAUCCCUAUCACCUGUGUUUUGAUAGCUUCUUUACAAGUGUUAAAUUAGUGUCAGCCUUGAAGAAGAAGGGAGUGAGGGCAACAGGAAUGAUUCGUGAGAACAGGACUGAAAAAUGCCCCCUUAUGAAUGCAGAACAUAUGAAAAAAAUGAAGAGGGGGUAUUUUGAUUUCCGAGUGGAAGAAAAUGAUGAGAUAAUUUUGUGUCGUUGGUAUGGUGAUGGCAUUAUCAGUCUGUGCUCCAAUGCUGUAGGCAUAGAACCAGUGAGUGAGAUAAAUUGUUUUGCUGAUGAUGAAGAGAUCCCUCAGAUAAGUCAACCAUCCAUAGUGAAAGUGUACAAUGAAGGCAAGGAAGGUGUAGCUAAAAUGGAUCAAAUUAUUUCCAAAUAUAGGGUGAGGAUAAGAAGCAAGAAAUGGUACUCAAUUUUGGUGAGCUACAUGAUUGAUGUAGCCAUGAACAAUGCAUGGCAACUACACAGAGCCUGUAACCCAGGUGCCUCUCUAGACAUCUUGGAUUUUCGGAGAUGUGUUGCGUAUUUCUACUUGGAACACAAUGCUAAUCUGUCAGAUUAAGGCAGAUAAAUGGGCACAAUGCAGACGUUAACAAGACAUAGCAAAAUGAUAACUACACAGUAGAUUGUACCCUUCCAAAGCAAAUCUGAUGUAUGUAGUGAAAUUAAGUAAUAUUUUAAAAAUCAGACAUUUAUAUAGAGUUUCAAAGACUUGUAACAAAUAAUGGUAAAAAUCAUCUGUGAAAAUGUUGAACUCCAGUGGUACCCUUUCUCUAUGUCUAAUUUUGUGUCAGACAUGUGGGGAAGCAUUUAUUUGUUGCAUUGA